UUUCAUACUGCAGGCGUACCUGCCGAUCGUGGAGGAAGCGCUAUUGAAGACCUUGUCGUCCCUCGUAUUGUCACACCAUCUCGAACUUCUUCUAUUGGAUCUGAACAAUGGACACAAGGACUUGAUGCGAGCAUGAGCUUGGCUUUGGACGAGUUUUUUCGGCGAAAAGCUGUGAGAGAUCUUGCCACUGAAAACGGUCUCAACAACAAGUUAUACGUCACUGCCUAUAGGUCAUUUCGGGAAUAUUGCCUCCGUGAAAAAGGAGGAGUUGAACCAAGUCUGCUAGUACUCUUCCAAGAUAUUAUCAAAGAAGGUCACGAUGUUGAAUGCCUCUUCCCAUUUUUUCUCGCUCAUGCACGUAAAGUUUUCCCCCAUUUGGAAGCUAUGGAUGAUUUGCGAAUGAUUUCCGAUUUAACACAACCACACAACUGGUAUCCUGAUGCUCGCACUGUUCAACGGAAAGUAAUUUUCCACGCUGGACCAACAAACUCUGGAAAGACGUACCAUGCCUUGAAACGUUUUGGAGAUGCAAAAAGCGGAGUAUAUUGUGGACCUUUGAAGCUACUUGCCUCAGAAGUGUUUACAAGAAGCAACCAAUUGGGGAUCAAAUGCGAUCUAGUCACUGGUGAAGAGAGAAGAUAUGCUAUUGACAACUUCCACCCAAGUGCACAUCUUUCUUCGACGGUUGAAAUGUUGUCUACGCAAAUGAGAGUAGAGGUUGCUGUCAUCGAUGAAAUUCAAAUGCUUCGUGACGAGCAGCGCGGAUGGGCCUGGACACGAGCAUUACUUGGUGUGGCCGCAGACGAAGUGCAUCUUUGUGGUGAACCGUCUGCUAUCAAUAUAGUAAAGAAGCUGCUUGAGCCAAUUGGAGAGCAUGUCGAGGUGCGCAAUUACGAAAGGAAAACCUCGUUGACUAUAGCGAACCAGGGUCUAGGAUCGCUGGAUAAUGUUCAACCGGGUGACUGCAUCGUAUGCUUUAGCCGAAAGGCUAUCUUUAGUGUCGCCAAGAACCUCGAGAAGUUAGGUGUGAAACCCGCGGUGAUCUAUGGAGAUCUACCUCCUGGCACGAAACUUGCUCAAGCCGCGAAGUUCAACGAUCCGGAUGAUCCGUGCAAUGUGUUGGUGGCCACAGACGCGAUUGGAAUGGGUCUCAAUUUGAAUAUUCGCCGAAUCAUUCUAUCAUCGUGUACUAGACAAGGGGAACUACUGCCAAAUUACUCAGCCCUUCAGAUUGUGGGCAGGGCUGGACGAUUUGGAACGACUUUCGCUGAUGGCAUGGCCACUACCCUUCGCAAUGAGGACAUUGGAACACUUCGUGAGAUAUUAAGUCAGCCAGUUGAACCCAUUGAAAAGGUAGGGAUUGCUCCAACUUUUGAACAAAUCGAAACGUUUUCAUUCCAUCUCCCGCAAGCUUCCUUUGUUCACCUGCUGGAUUUAUUUGUCUCAGUUUGCUCCAUAUCCGACCAAUUCUUUAUCUGCACUGUGGAGCAAAUGAGGUCUCUUGCGGAUCUCAUUGAUUACAUACCUCUUCCCCUCAAGGUUCGGUACACCUUCUGCAUUUCACCAAUAAAUGUCGAAAGCAAACUGACAGCAGCCUCGUUCGUUAAAAUGGUGCGAAGGUUUUCGUCUGGUCAAUGUUUAACUUACGAUUGGAUGAUGGACAUGUUGAAUUGGGAUUCUCUAAGUCAGCCUGAAAAUCUUCAACAGUUAGAACAUAUGGAAAAGGUGUACGAAGUGCUUGAUACAUAUCUUUGGCUCUCGUUGCGAUUUCCUGAUAUGCUUCCCGACGAGGCGUCGGUGCGCGAAGCCUGUCGAAAACUAGACGCUAUGCUACAGAUUUCUAUCGAAAAUAUUGUUGAACUUUUAGAAAACUCGGCUAUGGGAGACGCUCGAAAGGUCGUUGAAUUCAGAUUCUACAAUUCUGUGAUGUUCAAUCACUUGUUCAGGUCUGUGUUGCAGUCAGUAUUAUCACGUACUGAUCUUUCACCUGAAGAGCUAAAGCAGCUGAAAGAGGAGUUGAACGAACAGAACAGUUUGAGUGACUAA